CAUGAAUGUACUGGAAGGGAACACAUUUGUGUCAUGUGAAGAAACAUGACAAAAACAGCUCUCCUUAAAUUAUUUGUGGCAGUAGUGAUCACAUUCAUUUUAAUUUUGCCGGAAUAUUUCAAGACACUGAAAGUAGAGAUGGGGUUUCACCAUGUUGGCGAGGCUGGUCUCAAACUCCUGACCUUGUUAUCUGCCCACCUCAGCCUCUGAAAGUGCUGGAAUUACAGGUGUGAGCCACCACGCCCAGCUGAAGCACAGAUAAAUUCUUAGUGGAGGACAGAUGGGAGCCCCUUCUAUUGAAAGAACGUUGGAACUAUCAUGUCUGGAAGUGUGUUCACAAUCUAAUUUCACCUAUUCACUCUCCUCCUUAAAUUUUUCCUUUGCGACUUUUCUGAAACCAGUGAGGGAAACUCGGAUUAUCAUGAGAAUCUUUCUAAAUCCCUCCAAUUUUCAUAACUUCACCAGAACUUGCCAAGAUAUCACAGGUGAAUUUAAAAUGUGCUCCUUGUGUUUCAUUUGUGAGUCUAAAGGAAACAUGGAUUUUAUUUCUCAGGAACAAACAUCAAAAGUUCUUAUCAGGAGAGGAUCAAUGGAAGUGAAAGCAAAUGAUUUUCGUUCACCUUGUCAGCACUUUAACUUCACUGUAGCUCCUCUAGUUGAUCACUUGGAGGAAUAUAACACUACUUGUCAUCUGAAAAAACACACUACAACAUCAACAAUCAUGGAGGAAGAGCCCAGCAAGGAGAACUCUAUAACCCAUCCUUGUAGAAUCAUGGAAUACCUGAAUGAGUGUAUACACAUUUCUUUGCACCUAGAGAUGGAUAUAAAAAGUAUCACUUGUUCUAUAAAGAUCACUUGGUAUGUUUUAGUUCUAUUAGUUUUUAUAUUUUUGAUUGUCCUCAUUAUCUGCAAAACACUUGAAGGCCACAGAAGAGUGCAGAAGUGGCAGAGUCAUCAAGACAAACCUACAUCUGUUCUCUUAAGAGGAAGUGAUUCUGAGAAACUGAGAGCAUUGAAUGUGCAGGUCAUUUCAGCAGAGACCAUGCAGAGGCUACCCUUGAAUCAGAUCCAGGAAGUGCUUCCCCCAAUACCGGAACUAGAAGUUACUUUCACAGUGCAUCACAAAGAUCAAUAUACACGAAUAUCCCUGGGCAAUUUGGAUUGAGCCAUUUGGAAGAAUACUCAUAAUUUUAUUCUGUGAAUGAGUAGACUGGAAAAUGUUUGGGUCCAGCUGAGGAUGCGCAGUUGGAAAGGAGGAGGAAUGCUGGCUGGUUGGUGAAAACUAGCUCAAGAGCAUUCAUUUGACCCAUGAGAUCAAGGGAACAAGAGUUUUUGCAAGAAGCCAUUAUGAGUCAUGGAAAACAAGCUGAUGAAACCCAUGGAAACAGCAAGAGAAUUCCUACUCUCUCUGUUUUUAAAAAAUCUGUCAUUAUACAGCACAGAACGGAGCCAACAUUUUAAUUUUGAGGAACCAAAAACAGGAUCAAGUAUGAAAACCCUUUCUUUUAUUGGCCCACAUUGUAAAUGCUGAUUUGAUAAUUUUUUCCUAUACAGGUGGAUUAUUUCUAUUUUACAGAUUAUUUAAGAGUGCCUGAGUUGUUUGUUUAUACGUUUGUUUGCAUUUAUGAAUCUUGCCACCUUUUGGCACCAGGAUGUUUUUAAAAAAUUCAAAGAUACCAAAAUAAAAUGAAUUUAAAUAAAAUACUUAAGAACUUUAAUAGCAAAACGCUUCGUUUGAUUCUUUUGGCUUUUAUAUUUGUUAUAGCCAUUAUUAAUGUCAACAAUAAUUAUAGUUAUUAAUACCAAUUAAAAGCACAUAUAGACAAGAGGGCAGCUUUUAACAUUAAAAUAUAAAAAUGCUUUCCCAGAGUUAAAGUGGAGCUUACUCUCCUGGUCAAUUUUCUAUGGUUGAAAUUGCUUAUCUGAGUUGAUUUACAGGGUUAACUGCAGGGUCAGAUUUGAUAAUCAGUGAUGGGGUUCAGGACCUGCUACCCCAAAAUACGGCAUCUUGCCAAACUGGAUUUUUUAAGCUGAAGGAAUUUGAGAAAAUGGCAAAUUUUAAGUGGAAAGAUUACUCUGACCUUCCUCUGCCUCCUCUCUCCCCAGAAGCAGGUAAUAAAAUCUUUGCUUGCCUUCCUCUAAAACACAUCAUAGGACCUUCAUGUGAGAGGUGCUCUUCCUAUAUCCACAGAGGAAAGGCGGCUCCCUGUCUCCCAAGACACAGGGAUGCAGAGGAGAAUCUGAACAAAUGGGCCUUGCUAAGUUUUCCUCGGUUUGUCAGGUCUCCAUAUGCAAGCCUGGAGCCUGAAAGUCUAAAGUCCUGCUUGCCUCGGCUAAUGUCUCCUAUCCCUGCCUGCAUUCGCCCAACAGAGCUUCCCCGACAAGCCCCUCACCCAACCCUGCCAUUUUAACUGCUUAUGAUAAUGUAAAUACCUCUCACCCAACCCUGCCACUGUAACUGAACUUGUGGUCAUGUAUAUUCCUUGCCCCUAACUCCCAACCACUAUAACUGAACUUACUCAGCAACACCCCUGCCCCGCAAAAAAACUACGCAAACCUAUAAAACCAACUCCUAUCCCACUGCCCUUUGCUAAUGCCCUUUUCGGCCUUAGCCCACCUGCACCCAGGUGAAUAAACAGCCAUGUUGUUCACACAAAGCCUGUUUAGAAGGUCUCUUUGUUCAAAGCGCACAUUUUUCAACAAGAUCUAACACUCUUUUUGCCUGAUCAUAUUUCUCCAAGUCUCUCUCCAUUCUUCCUCAAAUCUACUACUAAAAACACUCAAGUUUAACUGUUUCUUCUGAUCUUCGCUUCCUAAUGAUGGCCCUUGUGUGACGUAGAACUUAUUUAAAUAAAUAAGUAUGUUUUUCUCUGGUUAAUCUUUUUUUAUAGAGGCUUCAGCUCUGAAUUUCAAAUGGUUAAAGGAAAAGAUAUUUUUCCCUUCCUACAUCAGCAGCCUAAGAGGCAUGAAUAUUCCAGCACACAGAGGUUUUUUUUUUUUUUUUUUUUCUGGUACUGGAUUAUUUUUUUCUCUAGAUUACAAAUUGAGAUUCUAAUUGUAAAAUUUAGAGAUUGAAGAUUUGG